UGGGCGCGCGGAGCGGCGGGGACAGGAUCGGAGGCAGGUCGGGAGCGAAGGACCGCAGUGUCAUUCCUGCACUCUGGCUGCUGCAUUGCCCGGUCGGUGUUUGUCUUCACCGACAGUAACUCCUUUCUGAUAUCUGGAGAGGAAGGGCCUUGGGUCCUCAGGGAGCGGUAGGGGGUGUGGGGUAGUGGUGAAGGGGCUGUACCAGGAACCCAUUCUCCAGGGUUAGAUAACGGGGCUAAAGGAUUCCUUACAAAACCCCUAGGGAUUCACAUGCUGGGCUCCUCGUUCUUUACAAAGACUCUGGGUGACUGAGUGUAGAAGUGGAUUUUGGUGUUUGCUUAAAGGAAAACCGACAUUGAAGGUCAGCUUUUUAAAGAUGACUGGGGAAUUGUGCAAAACUGUCUACAACUAAACCUGGUUCCAGUGAUUCCAGUACACUGUGCCACUAGUUGGCAAGUAGCUGGUGCCAGGAAGCUCAUCAUGUCUCUAGAGAACUUAUGUUCUCUGUCUUCCCAUAAACUGGCGUUUCAGUCUCCACCCUUCCUUAACUGUGUGUCUGGGCUGUCAUCACCUAGUAAUUUGUUAAGGCUGGGAAUUAAAAAAAUUCCAAGUUAUGAAGACUUGUAGAAAGAUAAUAUUUGAAGGCUGCAGCAGUAUUAAGAAUUCAGUUAUUUGUUCUGCUUGAUAAAAAGGACAUUCAUAUGAGGAAUAUUUGAGCAUGUGUCUGCUUGGUAUACAUCAGGGAAUAGAACAAAUAUCCCUGGCCUCCUGGAGUCCACAUUGGUUGGAGAGUUGUGGGGAGAAAGACAAUCAGCAAAAUGAAAAAGUAAACUAUACAGUAUGUUAGAAGGUGAUAAGUUGCAGUGGAAAAAUAAAAAAGAUUAGAAGGGCAACAAAGUGGAGCAGCAGAGUGGGUGUAAUAUUAAAUAGGGCGACCUCAGUAAUCAUUGAGAAGGUGAGAAUUGAGCAAAGAAUUGAGGAGGUGAGGGAGUUAGCAAGCUGAUGUCGGAGGAAGAGCAUUUCAGGUAGAGGGAAACACAAGAGCAAAGGCUUCCAAGCAGGAGAAGGCCUGGUCAAUUCAAAGACCUGUGCAGCUGGGGCCAAGUGGUGGGAUGGGGGAAGGAAGUUAGAGAGGUAAAGGGGAAAGAAAAUGAAGGUCCCUGGGAGCCAUUGUAAAUAUUCUCACUUUUACUUGGAGUGAAAUGGGGAGCCAUUACAGGUUUUGAGCAGAGAAGUGACACCAUAUGACCUACUUCAAAAGGAGCACUUUGACUGCUCUGUUAAGAAUGACUGCAGGGGUGCAAAUAUGGAAGCAAGGAGUCCAGUUCGGAGGUUAUUGUAGUAAUUCAGGUGAUAGGUGAUGGCGGCUUAGAUCAGGGUAGUAGCAGUGGAGGUGGUGAGAAGUUGUGAGACUCUAUAGAUAGAACAGACAGGAUUUUCCAUGGAGUGAGGAAGGAAAGUCAAGCCUGACUCAUUUUGGCCUGAACAAUGAUAAGCGUGAAGCUGUCAUUGACUGAAAUGGAGAUGGCUAUAAAUGGAGCCCUGGUGGCACAGUAGUCAAGAGCUCUGCUACUAAGCAAAAGGUUGGCAGUUUGAAUCCACCAGGCCCUCCUUGGAAACACUACGUGGGCAGUUCUUCUCUGUCCUGUAGGGUCUCUGUGGGUCGGAAUCAACUCGAUGUCAUUGGAUUUGUUUAUUUUUUUUAACGAUGGGAGCAGAUUUUGUGGUGGUUGUAUGGGGUGGGGAAACCCUGGUGGUGUAGUAGUUAAGUGCUACGGCUGCUAACCAAAGGGUCAGCAGUUCGAAUCUGCCAGGCACUCCUUGGAAACUCUAUGGGGCAGUUCUGCUGUGUCCUAUAGGGUCGUCAUGAGUCGGAAUCGACAGCACUGGGUUUGGUUUUUUUUUUGGUAGGGGGUGGACGUCAGGAGUUGCUUUAGACAUGUUUACAUUCGUGGUGUCUAUUAGACGUUGAAGUGUAGGCAAUGAUAGCAACUACUAGUCUCAUACAUUGCUGGUGAUAGUGUCAUUUGGCACAACCACUUUGGGAAACACUUGCAUGCCAUCUGAUGCAGCAGUUCCACUAUUAGGAAGGUAGCAGUAUAUAUAUUUUUGUUCACAUCUGCAGUAUUCAUAAUAGCUCCAAAUCUGAAGCAACCUAAAUGUCUGUCAGCAGUAAAAUAUGUAUCUAAAAUAUGAUAUAAUCAUACAGUGAACUACUGGUGGCGUAGUGGUUUAGAGCUUGGCUGCUAACCAAAUGGUCGAGAGUUAAAAUCCACCAGCCAUUCCUUGGAAACCCUAUGGGGUUGCUGUGAGUUGGAGCCAACUCAAUGUCACUUAACAACAACAACAUGCAACAGCGUGGAUGAGUCUCACAAACAUAAUGUUGAACAGAGGAAGCCCGACACAUACACAAAAUGCAUACUGUGUGAUUUCAUUUGUAUAAAGUUCACCAACCGCCAGCCUUUAGGUUAGCAGCCAAGCACUUAUCCACUGUGCCACCGGAGCUCCUUCGCAAACAGCCAAAAUAAAAUCUGUGUUGUGAAAAGUCAGAAGAGUGGUCGUUUAUCUUUGAAGAUGAGGGCCAAAAACAUAGUAAUUUUGUGAGUAUAGGAGAGGAACUUCUGGGGUCCUGGUGAUAUUCCAUUUCUUGUUCUGGGUGGUCCUUAUAUGGGUGUGUUCACUUUACAGUAAUUAACUGGUAUGCUUAUGAUUUGUGCACUUUUCACUGUAUGUCUUACACUUUAAUACACAAAACCUAUUAAAAGGAGGAAAGGAAUUGGAGACAGCAAGUACAGGAAACAAAGGAAUCAUGAUUAACCUGCAUACUUCUUUAGGAGAUUGUUUCGUUUUUUUGUUUUUUGGUCAUAUUUAUUGAGGCUUAACUUAUAUCCAGCAAAAUCCAAACUUUUAGGUGUACAGUGUGAUAAGUUUUGACAAACACAUUCUGUAACAAUCACCACAGUCAGGAUAUAGCAUAGUACCAUCACCCCAAAAUAUUUCCACAUACCUUUGUAGUCAGUCAUUCUCAGCCCAUGGCAACCACUGAUCUGUUUUCUGUCUCUGUAAUUUUGCUUUUUCCAGAAUGUUAUAUAACUUGAGUCAUACAGUAUUUAACCUUUGGAGUCUGACUUCCUUCACUUCGUGUGAUUGUUAAGGUUGUGUGUUAACUUGGCUGGGUCAUGAUUCUCAGUGGCUUGGCAGUUAUGAUGUAGUUUGGCAGCUAUGUCAUGAUGUAAUGACUUCCAUAAGGAGAUCUGAUAUAAUGUAAUCACAUCCACUAUGAAAUCUGUUAUGCAUACCCACUCAGUUGAAGGGGAGUUUCCUUGGGGGUGUGGCUGCAUCCACUAUAGGUGGGCUUUCUGGCAAAACUCGCCGGCUUUUGGUUGCUAUGGAUCCUGCAGCUGGCUCCUGUUCAUCUGACCUCUGGUUCUUGGAACUUGAGCUAGCAGCUUACCUGCCAAUCUUGGGAUUUGUCAGCCUCCACAGCCUGUGAGCUAGAGUCCUGGUGUCUGACCUGCUGAUCUUGGGUUCACCAGCCCCUGUAGCUACGUGAGUCAGGAGAAGCCUCUAGCCUGAACCACUGACUUGGGACUUUCCAGCCUCUUCAUCCACUUGAGCCAUUUCCUUGGUAUAAAUCUCUCUCUAUGUAUAUUUAUAUGCUUCACUGUUUUUGCUUCUCUAGAGAACCCAGCCUGAGACAUUUAGUCUUGGGAGUUGUUCUAGAGAAAGAAAAUUGUAAGGAUGAGCUUUCUAAACUCAUUCACAAGUCUGGUUAGUCUUGAAGAUGCUGAUCCCUCUGCUUCAGGUAGUCAAGAGGGCACUGCUAAUCCAUGGCUCGAGGUGGCAAUAGAAAUAUGCAAAAUAUCACCACCAGUAGAUAAAGUUUUGGUAAGAGGCAAGGCUCUGGGUGAUCACAUGUUUCAUGCCUCCCCACAGUGUUGUCCUAAUGAGAAGUAUAAGAAACUUGGUUGGUUGGUCCAGCUUUAGCUAGACAAAGUGGUGAAAGAAGAGAUGAGCUUAGGGCUUCAGAGUUGCAGCUCAAGUGCCACAUAAACAACUCCAAAUUUUCCACUCGUGCCUUGAAAGAAAGCCUUAUUUUUUGUAGUAAUAGAGCUGAUAUUGUGAAAAACCAAAUGCAGUGUCUUAUCUAACAGUGGCUGAAUUACAACACCAAUUGAAUUCCCAACCUCCUCGAAUGGUGUCUGAAGUUAGAGGGCAUUGAUUGGGAAGAAACAGUAUCUUGUGAAUUGGAAUGGGGAUAUAUGGGCAGAUAAUUAGGAAGCUGGGAACACUGAGCCCCUAAAUUCCAUUGAAUCACUUCUUCCAACAGAAUCAGUCCUCUCACUCCCACCUGAAGAGAUUACUUUGUUUGCUAAGCCAUCCUCCCCAGUGAAACUGUUAGCCCCUUAGUCCCCAUCUGAUGAGAUUAACCCAGCUGUGUCUAAAGAGCCCUUGUGUGAGUCAUCCCCUGCAGAGGCAGCUGAGUCACUACAUUGCCUGAAGCAGAUGCCUUACAAGACGUUGCUGAAUGUUCUCAGAACACAUUCUCACCACCUAUUUUUGCCUCUAGACCUAUAGCUACACUUAAGUUCCUGCGAGCCCAAAAAGGUAAAAUAUAAAGUGUGACAGAGGAGGAGGUAUGCUGCACUCCAAAAGAACUGCUUGAGUUUUCUAAUAUGUACAAAUAGAAACCUGGGAAAUAUGUGUGGGAAUGGCUAUUAAGAGUGUUGGAUAAUGGUGCAAGGAACAUAAAUAAAGUUGGAUCAGUCUCAGUUUAUUGAUAUGGGGCCAUUAAGCACAGAUCCUGCAUUCAUUGUUUCAGCACAAGGGAUUAGGAAAGGAUCUAAUAGUUUAUUUGGUGGGUUCGCUGAAGCAUGGAUUCCGUGGUGGCCCACACUAAAUUCAGUUAAAGUGCCAGAUCUGCCUUUGUAAACUGUAGAAGAGGGAAUCGAAAGGCUUAGGUAAAUUGGCAUGUUAGGGGGUUUUAUCAGGUUAGACCUACAGACCCACACAUGGAAUGCCCAGAGUGCACACUUUUUACCCCAAUGAUGAGGAACAAACUUGUAAAGGGAGCCCCAUCAUCCUUGAAGACUGCUGUGAUUGUUAUUUUAUGUAAGUCAUAUUUGACAGUGGGAACUGGCCUAACUGAAUUAAGAUGCCUAACUACUAUGGGGCUGAUUGGACUCUGUAGUGGUAGGAGCCAAGUGGUAGCGCUCAAUCAACAGAGGUAAGGUGGGCGUGGUUACUGUAAUGGACAGCAGAGUCAAAGCAGUAAUUAGAAUAGUCUGACUCAUAUGGACUUAGGGCAUUGGCUACUUAGCCAUGAUGUCCCUAGGAGUGAAAUAGAUUGGAAAUAUACUAAAUAUUUACUUAAUCUGUACAAGCAGAAUAAUUCUAGGUCAAGUAAACAGCAGUCUAAUUUGAAUGGCCAGAACAAAGAGUCACGGCUCCUCAAUCAAAUCUCAGAAUUGAGCCAGUUUAUAGACCCACAGCCCCUUGAAUGAAGGGGAGGCCAGCUUGCCUUGAGGAACAACCCCAUUACACAGCCAAAAUUUAUACCGUUAAUCUUUGUUGCAGCCUUCCCCAAAGAGAUCUAUGGCCUUUUAUGAGAGUGACUGUUUACUGGGGAAAAGGAAAUAAUUAGACUUUUCAGGGAUUACUGAAUAUGGGCUCUGAACUGACACUAAUUCCAAGAGACCCAAAAUGUCCCUGUGGCUGACCAGUCAGAGUGGGGGCCUAUGGAGAUCAGGCUAUUAAUGGAGUCUUAGCUCCGGGUCAGCUCACAGUGGGUCUGCUAGGUCCCCAAACUCAUCCUGUAGUGAUUUCCUCAGUUCCAGAAUGCAUAAUUGAACUAGACAUGCUCAGCAACUGGCAGAACCCCCACAUUGGAUCCCUGACAAAUAGAGUAAGGGCUAUUAUGGUAGGAAAGCCAAGUGGAAGCCAUUAGAACUUCCCCUACCUAGGAAAAUAGUAAGCCCAAAGCAAUACCACAUUCCUGGAGGGAUUGCAGAGAUUACUGCCACCAUCAAGGACUUGAAGGUUGCAGAGGUGGUGAUUCCCACCACAUCCUAAUUCAGCUUGUCUAUUUGGCCUGUGUAAAAAACAGAUGGAUCCUGGAGAAUGACAGCGGAUUAUUGAACAGUUAACCGGUGAUGACUCCAGUUGAGGCUGCUGUUCCAGAUGUGGUUCCAUUGCUUGAGCAAUUUAAUACAUCUCCUGGUACCUGGUAUGCAGCUUUUGAUCCGGCUAAUGCCUUUUUCUCCAUAUGUGUUUCAAAGAACCACCAGAAGCAUUUUGCCUUUAGUAGGCAAGGCCGGCAAUACACCUUCACUGACUCCCUCGGGUAUAUUAACUCUCCAACCCUAUGUCGUAAUUUAGUCUACAGGGACCAUGAUCACCUUUCCCUUCCACAGGAUGGCACACUGGUCUGUUACAUUGAUGAUAUUAUGCUGAUUUGACCUACUAAGGAAGAAAUGUUAAUGACUGCACUUAUUGGUGAAACAUUAGUGUUCUAGAGGGUGGGAAAUUAAUCCAACAAAAAUUCAGGUGCCUUCCACCUCAGUGAAAUUUUUAGGGGUCUAGGGGUGUGGGGCAUGUUGAGAUAUUCCUUCUAAAAUAAAGGAUAAUUUAUUGCAUCUGGUCCUUCCCACAGCCCAAAAGGAGGCAUAAUGCCUGGUGGGGGGUUUUGGAGUUUGGCGGCAACAUAUUCCUCAUUUGGGUGUGCUUCUACAGCCUAUUUUUCAGGUGUCUUGAAAAGCUGCUAGUUUUGAGUGGGGCCCAGCUCAAGAGAAGGCUCUGCAACAGAUUUAGGCUGCCAUAUAAACUGCUCUACAACUUGGGUCAUAUGAUCUGUCUGACCCAGUGGUGCUUGAAGUGUCAUUGGCAGAUAAAAUCACUGUUUAGAGUCUUUGUCGGACUCUAAACCAUUAGGAUUUUGGUGCAAAGCACUGCAUUCUCUGCAGAUAACUACUCUUCUUUUGAGAAACAGGUUUUGGCUUGUCACUUGUUCUUAGUAGAGACUGGACGUUUAACCAUGGGCCAUCAAGUCACCAUGCUGUCUGAGCUGUCCCUCAUGAACUGGGUGUUGUCUGACCCACAGAGUCAUAGAGUUGGACAUGCGCAGCAGCACUCCAUCAUUAAAUAGAAUUGGUAUAUACACAACUGGGCCUGAGCAGGACCUGAAGGCACAAGUAAGUUGCAUGAGGAAGUGACUCAAGUGCCCAUGGUCUCCACUCCUGUCACGUUAUUUGCCCUCUCCCAGUCUGCACCUAUAUCCUCAUGGGGUGUUCCUUAUGAUUAGUUGACUGAGUAACAGAAAACCUGCGCCAGGUUUACAGAUGGUUCUCCUUGAUAUGCCGGCAGCACUCAAGAGUGGGACAGUGGCAGGCCUUUUUCUCAGACCUCCAUGAAGGGCAGUGGUGAAGGGAAAUUGUCCCUAUGGACAGAACUUUGAGCAGUGCAGCUGGUUGUUCACUUUGCUUGGAAGGAGAAAUGGCCAGGUAUGCAAUUGUAUACUGAUUAAUGGGCUGUAGCCAAUUGUUUGGCUGGGUGGUCGGGGACUUGGAAUGAACAUGAUUGGAAAAUCUGUGACAAGGAGGUAUGGGGAAGAGGUAUGUGGAUAGACCUCUUGGAGUGGGCCAAAGAAGUGAAGAUAUUUGCAUCUCACAUGAAUGCUCACCAAAGGGUAACCUUGGUAGAGGAGGAUUUUCAACAAUCAAGUGGAUAGAAUGGUGCAUUCUGUGGAAAUAAGUCACCCUCUUUCCCCAGCUACUUCCAUCAUUGUUCAAUAGGCUCCUGAACAAAGCGUCCAUGGUGGCAGGGGUGGAGCUUAUGCAUGGGCUCAGCAAUAUGAACGCUAAGGCCGACUUUGCUACAGCCCCCACUGAGUGCCCAAUCCGUCAGCAGCAGAGACCAACACUGCGUCCCUGAUAUGGCAUCAUUCUUUAAGGUGAUCAUCCAGCAACCUUGUGGCAGGUUGAUUACAUUGGACUGCUUCCAUCAUGGAAAGGGCAGAGUUUUAUUCUUACUGGAAUAGACACCCUGGAUACAAAUUUGCCUUCCUUGCCAAAACUCCUGCCAAGUCUCAUAUCACAGUGUUACAGAGUGUUUUAUUCACUGUCGUGGUACUCAGCACAGCAUUGCCUCGGAUCAAGGCACUCACUUCACAGAAAAUGAAGUGUGGCACUGAGCCCAUGCUCAUGGAAUUCACUGAUCUUGCCAUGCUCCCCAUCAUCCUGAAGCAGCUGGUUUGAUAGAAUGAUGGGAUGGCCUUCUAAAGAUACAAUUAUGUCACCAGUUAGGCGGCAAUACCUUGCAGUGUUGGCCAGUAUUCUCCAGGAGGCUGUACAUGCUCUGAACCAGCUCCAACAUAUGGUGCAGUUUCUCCCAUAGCCAGGAUUCAUGGGUCCAGGAAUUAAGGGGUGGAAAUGGGAGUGGUACAACUCACUAUUACCCAUAGUGACCAAUUCACAAAAUUUUUGCUUCCGGUCGCAGUGACCUUAUGCUGUGUAGGUCUAGAGGUCUUAGUUCCAAAGAAUGCUCCCACCUGGAGACACAUUGCUGAUUCCAUUGAACAGGAGGCUAAGAAUGCCAACUGGCUACCUUGGGCUCCUUGUAUCUCUGGAUCAACAGGCAAAAAGGGAGUUACCAUACUGGCUGGUGUGAUUAAUCCUGAUUACCGAGAGGAAAUCGGAUUGACAUUACAUAAUGGAGAUAAAAAAGAGUAUAUCUGGAAUGCAAGAGAUCCCUUAGGGCAUCUCUUAGUACUACCAUGCCCUGUGAUUAAAGUCAAUGAUAAACUGUAACAACCCAAUUCUGACAUGACUACUAAUGGCCCAGACCCUUCAGGCAAAGAACCGUGAUCAGCUGAGGUGCUUGCUGAGGGUAAAGGGAAUGUGGAAUGGGUGGCGGAAGAAGGUAGCUCUAAAUACCAGCUGUGGUCACGUGACCAGUUGCAGAAAUGAGGUCUAUAAUUGUUAUAUUUUUUCCUUGUAUGUGUGCAUCAAAUAUUUUUGUUUUCUUCACUUAUAAAAUGUAAGUCGUAAACAGGGCUAAUUGUAUGCAUGUUAGUUGUAUCAUGUUAAGCUCAAAUAUGACUUUAUAAUUGUCUUUAUUUAAAGAUGUGUACGCGUGCCAAGUUGACAUGGGGUGGACUGUGAUGGUUAAGGUUUUAUGUCAACUUGGCUGGGUCAUGAUUCUCAGUGGUUUGACAGUUAUGCUGUUGUUUGGCAGCAAUGUAAUGAUGUAGUGACCUCCAUAAUGAGAUCUGAUAUAAUGUAAUCACAACCACGAUGGGAGUGUUAUGCGCAGCCGAUCAGUUGAAGGGGAGUUUUUUUAGGAGUGUAGCCUACAUCCGAUGUAGAUGGACUUUUUGGCAAAGCUUGCUGGCUUUUACUCACUCUGGAUCCUACUGUUGGCUCCUGUUCAUCUGACCUAUCAUUCUUGGGACUUGAGGUAGCAGCUUACCCGCCAGUCUUGGGAUUCAUCAGCCUCCGCAGCCAGUGAGCCAGAGGCCUUCUGCCUGACCUACUGAUAUUGGGCUUGCCAGCCUCUGUAGCUACAAGAGUCAGGAGAAGCCUUCAGCCUGACCCACGGACUUGGGACUUUCCAGCCUGUACAUUCAUUGUCAUAGAUUGAAUUACGUUCCCCCAAAAAGGUGUGUAUCAAUUUGGCUGGGCCAUGAUUUCCAGUAUUGUGUGACUGUCCUCCAUUUUGUGACUGUAAUUUUAUGUUAAAGAGGACUAGGCUGGGAUUGCAACACCCCUACUAUGAUGUAACAUAAAGCAAGUUUCGCUGGGGUGUGGCCUGCAUUGCCUUUUAUCUUACAAGAGAUAAAAGGAAAGAGAAGCAAGCAGAAAGUUGGGAGCCUCAUACCACCAAGAAAGAAGUACCCGGAGCAGAGCAAGUCAUUUGGACCUGAGGUUCCUGCACUGAGAUGGUCCCAGGCCAAGGGAAGACUGAUGCAUCACAAGGACCUUCCUUCAGAGCUGACAGAGAGAGAAAGUCUUCCCCUGGAGUUGGUGCCCUGAGACUUCUAGCCUACUGGACUGUGAGAGAAUAAAUUUCUCUUUGUUAAAGCCAUCUACGUGUGGUUUUUCUGUUAUAGCAGCACUAGAUGACUAAGACAACCGUGGUCUCUGAGGAUGCAGCAGUGAAGGAAACCCACAAUGUCCCAUUCCUUUUGUACUUUCUGGAGUAAUGUUGAGUAGUGAAGAGGUCAACGUAAUCAUAAAAAGACACCUGAAGACUUUCUUAUCCACCUUUUUAUAAUAGUAACAACUCAUUUCAUCAAGUGGUUACUACAUGGAAGGUAUUGCUGGAUGCUGUGCCAAAACAACAGUUGCUCCUUUGGAUCGAGUAAAGGUUUUAUUACAAGCUCAUAAUCACCAUUAUAAACAUUUAGGAGUGUUUUCUACCUUACGUGCUGUUCCCCAAAAGGAAGGAUACCUCGGUUUGUAUAAAGGAAAUGGUGCAAUGAUGAUUCGAAUCUUUCCCUAUGGCGCAAUCCAGUUUAUGGCGUUUGAGCAGUAUAAAAAGUUAAUUACUACAAAGCUGGGAGUUUCGGGUCAUGUACACAGAUUAAUGGCUGGAUCCAUGGCAGGUAUGACAGCAGUUAUCUGUACGUACCCUCUUGACAUGGUUAGAGUCCGCCUAGCAUUCCAGGUGAAAGGGGAACACACCUAUACAGGAAUUAUACAUGCAUUUAAGACAAUUUAUGCCAAGGAAGGUGGUUUCCUUGGAUUUUACAGAGGCCUGAUGCCAACUAUAUUAGGAAUGGCUCCAUAUGCAGGUGUUUCAUUUUUUACUUUUGGUACCUUAAAGAGCGUUGGGCUUUCCCAUGCUCCCACCCUUCUUGGCAGACCUUCAUCAGACAAUCCUAAUGUCUUAGUUUUGAAAACUCACAUAAACUUACUUUGUGGUGGUGUUGCUGGAGCAAUAGCACAGACAAUAUCUUACCCUUUUGAUGUAACUCGUCGACGAAUGCAAUUAGGAACUGUUCUGCCAGAAUUUGAAAAGUGCCUAUUUCAGAAGAAAAUGAAAGUUUCCUUUCCUAAAACUGUUCUGAGCCGAGGAGUGGAUAACCGGUACCUGGUUUUAGCUGUCAAGACUGUACAGAAUGAAGAGGGAAGCCAUGAAAAACAUCUAAUCAUCACUACCUCCCCAUCACUGGAACAUAAAGAACUGUGCAUCCUUAGGAAUGACUGGUGCUGUGUCCCGGUAGAGCCAGGGGACAUCAUUCAUUUGGAAGGAGACUGUGCAUCUGAUACUUGGAUAAUUGACAGAGAUUUGGGAUAUCUGAUUCUCUAUCCAGACAUGCUGAUUUCCGGCACAAGUGUAGCCAAUAGUAUUCGAUGUAUGAGAAGAGCUGUUCUAAGUGAAACUUUUAGGAGCUCAGACCUUGCCACACGCCAAAUGCUCAUCGGUACAGUUCUCCACGAAGUAUUUCAAAAAGCAAUAAGUGAUAGCUUUGCCCCAGAAAAGUUACAAGAACUUGCUUUUCAAACUGUUCAAGAAAUAAGGCACCUGAAGGAAAUGUACCGCUUAAAUCUGACUCAGGAUGAAAUAAAACAAGAAGUAGAGGAGUAUCUUCCUUCAUUUUCUAAAUGGGCUGGAGAUUUCAUGCGUAAGGAUACAUCAGCUGAUUUCCCUCAGAUGCAGCUCUCAUUGCCAAGUGAUGAUAGCAAGAAUAAUUCAACGUGUAAUAUUGAAGUCAUAAAAUCAACCGAUAUUGAGGAAAGCAUUUGGUCCCCGAGGUUUGGAUUGAAGGGCAAAAUAGAUGUUACAGUUGGUGUGAAAAUACAUCGAGGAUGUGAAAUGAAAUACAAGAUAAUGCCAUUGGAACUUAAAACUGGCAAAGAAUCAAAUUCCAUUGAACACCGUAGUCAGGUCGUUCUGUACACACUGCUGAGCCAGGAAAGGAGACCUGAUCCUGAGGCUGGCUUGCUCCUCUACCUCAAGACUGGCCAGAUGUAUCCCGUGCCUGCCAAACAUCUAGAUAAAAGAGAAUUAUUAAAGCUAAGAAACCAGAUGGCAUUCUCUUUGUUUCACCGUAUCAGCAAAUCUGAUACUAGAAAGGAGAAGACACAGCUUGCUCCUUUGCCACAAAUAAUUGAGGACUAUCAGACCUGUAAAUAUUGUUCACAAAUGAACAACUGUGCUCUUUUCAGCAGAGCAGUUGAACAGCAGAUGGAUGGCAAUUCAGUCCCCAUUGGCAUGCUGCCCAAAAUAACAGAGGAAACCCAGCAUCUGAAGCUCGCACACUUAGAGUAUUUCAGCCUUUGGUGUCUAAUGUUAACCUUGGAAACAUAUUCAAAGGAUAGCCGAAAGAAUCACCAAAAUAUAUGGCUAAUACCUGCUUCUGAAAUGGAGGAGAGUGGCAACUGCAUUGGAAACCUGAUUAGAGCAGGCCAUGUUAAGACAGUAUGUGAUGGACAAUAUUUACAUAGUUUCCAACGUAAAAAUGGUGCCAUGCCCAUCACAAAUCUGAUGGCAGGUGACAGAAUUAUCUUAAGUGGAGAAGAGAGAACACUCUUUGCUGUGUCCAGGGGAUAUGUGAAGAAGAUUAACACGACAACAGUAACCUGUUUGUUAGACAGGAACCUGUCGGUACUCCCCGAGUCAACUUUGUUCAGACUAGACCAGGAAGAAAAGAAUUGUGAUAUAGAUACCCCACUCGGAAACCUUUCUAAAUUGAUGGAAAACACUCAUGCCAGCAAAAAACUUCGGGAUUUAAUCAUUGACUUUCGUGAACCUCAGUUUACAUCAUACCUCAGUUCUGUUCUCCCACAUGAUGCAAAAGAUAUAGUUGCCCGUAUUCUAAAAGGUUUGAAUAAACCUCAGAGGCAAGCGAUGAAAAAGGUCCUUCUUUCAAAAGAUUAUACACUCAUCGUGGGUAUGCCGGGGACAGGAAAAACCACUACAAUAUGCACUCUUGUAAGAAUUCUCUAUGCCUGUGGGUUUAGUGUUUUGUUGACCAGCUAUACACACUCUGCAGUCGACAAUAUUCUUUUGAAGUUAGCAAAGUUUAAAGUCGGAUUUUUGCGUUUGGGUCAGACUCAGAAGGUUCAUCCAGAUAUCCAGAAAUUUACAGAGGAGGAAGUUUGCAGAUCAAAGUCCAUUAAAUCUUUAGCUCUUCUAGAAGCCCUCUACGAUAGUCAACUUAUAGUUGCAACAACAUGUAUGGGAAUAAAUCAUCCAAUUUUUUCCCGUAAAAUUUUUGAUUUUUGUAUUGUGGAUGAAGCUUCUCAAAUUAGCCAGCCAGUUUGCCUGGGGCCACUCUUUUAUUCACGGAGAUUCGUAUUGGUAGGGGAUCAUCAGCAGCUCCCUCCCCUGGUGUUAAACCGGGAAGCAAGAGCUCUUGGCAUGAGUGAAAGCUUAUUCAAGAGGCUGGAACAGAAUAAGAAUGCUGUUGUACAAUUAACUGUGCAGUACAGAAUGAACAGUAAAAUUAUGUCCUUAAGUAAUAAGCUGAUAUAUGAGGGAAAGCUGGAGUGUGGAUCAGACAAAGUGGCCAAUGCAGUGAUAAAUCUACCUAACUUUAAAAAUGUGAAGCUGGAGCUGGAAUUUUAUGCUGAUUAUUCUGAAAAUCCUUGGCUGCGUGGAGUGUUUGAGCCAAACAAUCCUGUUUGUUUUCUUAAUACAAACAAGGUUCCAGCACCAGAACAAGUUGAAAAAAGUGGUGUGAGCAAUAUAAUAGAAGCCAAACUCAUAGUUUUCCUGACCUCGCAUUUUAUUAAGGCUGGAUGUAAUCCAUCUGAUAUCGGUAUCAUUGCACCAUACAGGCAGCAGUUAAAGACAAUCAACGAUUUAUUGGCACGUUCUUCUGUUGGACUGGUCGAAGUUAACACGGUAGACAAAUACCAAGGAAGAGACAAAAGUAUCAUCCUGGUGUCUUUUGUUAGAAGUAAUAAGGAUGGCGAUCUUGGUGAACUCUUGAAAGAUUGGCGCCGUCUUAAUGUUGCUAUAACCAGAGCCAAACAUAAACUAGUUCUCCUGGGAUGUGUGUCCUCACUAAGCCGCUAUCCUCCUUUGGAGAGGCUACUUUAUCAUCUCAACUCAGAAAAAUUAAUAUCCUUUUUGGCCUGCGUACGGUUGUGUUUGACUGUGCUGUUUUGUGUGCUAUAUUUAUGUACUUGUGUAAAUUAAAACACAAUGCCCUGCGUUUUCCAUGGGCAUAUUUCAAAGAUCUGAUUCUAGGAAGGAAAGAGAAAAACAUUCACAGGGAGUAUGGUUAAGCAAAUAGUAAAAUAAUGAAGGUGAUGAAGCAGGAUAGUUUGUGAAAUGAGAAAAGGAAAAAGUGGGGCUUGAUUUGUUCUCCUAAAGCUAUAUGCCACACAUUUAGGAAAAUCGGCUAUUUCUUCUGAUCCCUUUUACCCUGCAUUUAGAAUACAUAUAUUUAUUUUUUAAUCAGGACAAAACAUGGAGAAUGGAUAAUUACUUGUCAUAUAGUAGAUUAUUUUUAAAAUGGAUUACCUUUAAAAGAAAUUAUGUAAAGAUCUUAGGAUACGAUAUAUAAACCUUAUUGCUUAAGUUGGAUUGCUUAAAUUGGGGCCCUGGUGGCAAAGUGGUUAAGCUUUUGGCCGCUAACCAAAAGACUGGCAGUUCAAAUCCACCAGCCACUUGUUGGAAACCCUAUGGGGCAGUUCUAUUCUGUCCUGUAGGGUUGUUGUGAGUCAGAAUUAACACCACGGCAAUAGAUUUGGUUUGUUUUUUUUUUAAUUAAGUACAUAAUUAUCCAUAAAAUGCCAUAAGAAUCUUAACAUUUAUUUAUUUGUCCUGUAAACCAAAUUACAAAGUGUUAAAGAAUGUCAUAAAAUGUUUUUUGUGUGAUUCCAUAUUGUGUUGAAUAUAUCUUCCUUAAUUUAUUUUAUGUUAUUGAUCUUCCAUCAGGAGAACAUGACAGUCUUUGUCAUGCAUUGGGUGAUUUUCAAAGAGGAUAAAACACUAUUUCCCUUGCCUUCUUCAUAUUAGGACAGUGGCUUCCUCUAGCUGGUGCCAGGCUGGUUAGACUGAAGAUAACUCUUACCCCAAGGGUACAAAAUGAAGUAAAUGUGCUCUGUUCAGAGUUCUCUUUUUUUUUUUUUUUUUUGGUAUAAUCUUCUUAAACACAAAGUUUGCCACCCUACAAAAUUUAAUGCAGUAUUUAUUUUCUCAGUACAAGUCUACCCAAAACUGUGAAGAGCCUACAUUUAUGUAUAUUAUAAAUGUGUUUUUUAUGUGACCUGGGAAAAAAGAUAAAAUGUUUACCAACUGUAAAAAUGGUUUAACUUUUGAAUUUAAGGGUAAACUUUUAAGUCUAAAAUAUCCAGAUUAAUUCGAUUUUAUAGAUUUUGUGGGAAGAAUUUUGUUUAUUAGAAAGACUGGGUAAAGAAAGUCGGUUUGUUUUCAUCAUUUAAACACAAUCUUGUGAUGAUGAGAACACAGGCGUGAUUCUUCUCUGUAUUUCUAGGCCCCCCAAUCAAAGGCCAUUUUGUUGUGUUUUUCCCUGCCAGCAGAUAUGUUUUCACAUUCAACCUAGCCUUUUAAAUUAUGGCCUAUUAAUUGAUUACUUCCUGUUAAUUCCCUGCUCCCAUCCCCCUUUUUAUUUUCAGUAUCUUAUAAUAGAUUUCAGUAUAAAAGAAAAUAAUGCUUACUCUUUUUGAUAGGAAAUUGAUGACAAAUUAAAAAGUCAUAUUCCUAUUUUCAUCAUUAAUGCCCCUUUGUUUCUGGGCAUUAUUCAGUUUUCUCUUUUUAUGUUAAGAUGGUUGUGUAAAACGAAAUUGCCUCAAAAUCAUUAACUGUGUCUAUGGUGACAGCCUUUAACCUAGUGUUUACAUCCUCUGGGGGAAAUCUUUCAUUUCUCUCAAGGAUUUUUUUUUUUAAUUUUUUAAAUGAAUGUUAAAUAUGUUAAAAUUGUGGCUUCUACCUGAGGCGGCUUUUAAAUUAUUAUUGUUCUUUGAAGUUUUUGUUAAAUAAAUUCUCUUCUGUCAGAUCUUACUGUGUCAUUUAUCAACACUGAAUAAUAAUAAUAAUUAAGUUCAGGGUUGCCCAGCAUUUUUUUCAGUAGUGAUAGGUGAAUAUUGUCAUGCUCUAAAGCUGAAACCAAGAAGUGUUGACAUUAUAAAGAGCUUUAUGAAGGACACAAGAACAAGAAUGGACUUGGUCAUGGAGAGUGGCCAGACAGGAAAAACUGGAAAGAUUAUAGUGAUAGAGCUUAAAUAUUGGUUAGAUAGCAUCAGGAUAUAAAACAGGAAGGAAUCUAAGAGAAUUUUAGUUUCUGGGAGUGAGGUGAAUAGGAAAGUUUUUUUGGUUUGGUCAGUGGCUACUUCAUUCCAAGAUUUGCCUGAAAAGUAAGUUGUGUAAAGAGCCUGGGGAGAGGUUCCAUGUUUCCUGUCAUUUCUGGAUUAGUUUCUAUUACAAUACUCUGGCCAUUUAAGUACUUCAAAGAGUUGGGAUGUUUUCUCUGUACAGGUGCUGUGAGGCCCUCAAGAAGCUAACAGUGCAGUACAAGUAUUGUUAUUGGACCAAGUGGGUCCCUGCCCGGUCGCUGUAAGGUCAAGAGACAAGACACAGCUUUGCAGAAAGAGAAGGCAGUUUAUUGCAGAGCAG